GUGGGCGGAGAAGCGCGCCGACCGCGACCGGCACGCGCACCGCGACCGGAGCCUGGACCCCUACGAGCACAGGAGAGGGCCACGGGCUCGCAGGGGCGCUUCGACCCCAGCGCCCAGCCGGGGCACACGGACCAGAGGCUGGCCACCGCGCAGGUGCACCGGCUGGGCCGCAGGCGGCGCUGGGAGGAGGCGCUCGUCGUCUUCGGCCGGGAGCCCGCGCCGAACCCGGCGCUGUACACCGCCGCCCUGGACGCGUGCUGCAGGUCUCUGCAGCAGAGGGCGGCGUGGGAGCUCUUCCGCCAGAUGCCCCACGGACGCUGCCCGCGUACAACAGCAUGGUCGGCCUCCAGGCGCGCCUGA